GCUGGCGGCCGUGGGACCCCUAGGUGGCGGAGGGACGCUGCGGGGGAGGUGAGGGGAGCGCACAGCUGUGGCCCACGUGACCUGGCGGGGGCGGAGGGUCCGCACCGGCCUCCCUGGUGCCCCUGCCUGGUUCCGCGCGCCGGCCGGCGGGGAGGUGACCACCCACUUGUCGCCCGAGGCCGCCGCUUGGCCGAGUCUGCCGCGCACCCCGGAGCAGCUGGUCCACGGGAGAAAUGUUGCUGAAGUGCUGCUGAAAGGGCCAGAGAUGCAAGGAUUUGGGACACAUUUUGAACCUUUAAGCUGUCUGACAUUGACCUCCUUUCAUUAUUAAUAAAGAAGAAGCAGGAGCUUAGGAUGUAUUAACAUGAACUCAUUAAUAUACUAACCGGAAAAUGUUCUGCAAACAAUUCAACAUUGUAAAGACCUGGAUUGGGACAAAAUAAAAUAAUUUCAUAUUUUACUCAGCUUAUAGUAUGACUGGAUGGAGGAAAAUUUGAUAAACAUGAGGGAAGACCAUUCUUUUCAUGUUCGUUACAGAAUGGAAGCUUCUUGCCUAGAGCUGGCCUUGGAAGGGGAACGUCUGUGUAAAUCAGGAGACUGCCGCGCUGGUGUGUCAUUCUUUGAAGCUGCAGUUCAAGUCGGAACUGAAGACCUAAAAACACUUAGUGCUAUUUACAGCCAGCUGGGCAAUGCUUAUUUCUAUUUGCAUGAUUAUGCCAAAGCAUUAGAAUACCACCAUCAUGAUUUAACUCUUGCAAGGACUAUUGGAGACCAGUUGGGGGAAGCCAAAGCUAGUGGUAAUCUGGGAAACACCUUAAAAGUUCUUGGGAAUUUUGAUGAAGCUAUUGUUUGUUGCCAGAGACACUUAAAUAUUUCCAGAGAGCUUAAUGACAAGGUGGGAGAAGCAAGAGCACUUUACAAUCUUGGAAAUGUGUAUCAUGCCAAAGGGAAGAGCUUUGGCUGCCCUGGGCCCCAGGAUGGAGGACUGCCAGAGGAAGUGCGGACUGCUCUGCAGGCAGCUGUGGACUUUUACGAGGAAAACCUAUCAUUAGUGACUGCUUUGGGUGACCGAGCAGCCCAAGGACGUGCCUUUGGAAAUCUUGGAAACACACAUUACCUCCUUGGAAACUUCAGGGAUGCAGUGAUAGCACAUGAGCAGCGUCUCCUUAUUGCAAAAGAAUUUGGAGAUAAAGCAGCUGAAAGAAGAGCAUAUAGCAACCUUGGGAACGCAUAUAUAUUUCUUGGCGAAUUUGAAACUGCCUCUGAUUACUACAAGAAGACACUACUAUUGGCUCGACAGCUUAAAGACAGAGCUGUAGAAGCACAGUCUUGUUACAGUCUUGGAAACACAUAUACUUUACUUCAAGACUAUGAAAAGGCCAUUGAUUAUCAUCUGAAGCACUUAGCAAUUGCUCAAGAGCUAAAUGAUAGAAUUGGUGAAGGCAGAGCAUGUUGGAGCUUAGGAAAUGCAUACACAGCUCUGGGAAAUCAUGACCAAGCAAUGCAUUUUGCUGAAAAGCAUCUGGAAAUUUCAAGAGAGGUUGGGGAUAGGAGUGGUGAACUAACAGCACGACUUAAUCUCUCAGAUCUUCAAAUGGUUCUUGGUCUAAGCUACAGCACAAAUAAUUCCAUAAUGUCUGAAAAUAUUGAAAUUGACAACAGUUUGCCUGGUGCACGCUCUAAGUUGGGACGCCGACACAGUAUGGAAAAUAUGGAACUUAUGAAGUUAACACCAGAAAAGGUACAGAACUGGAACAGUGAAAUUCUUGCUAAACAAAAACCUCUUAUUGCCAAACCUUCUGCAAAGCUACUCUUUGUCAACAGACUGAAGGGGAAAAAAUACAAAACUAAUUCUUCCACUAAAGUUCUCCAAGAUGCCAGUAACUCUGUUGACCACCGAAUUCCAAAUUCUCAGAGGAAAAUCAGUGCAGAUACUAUUGGAGAUGAAGGAUUCUUUGACCUGUUAAGCCGAUUUCAAAGCAAUAGGAUGGAUGAUCAGAGAUGUUACUUACAAGAAAAGAGCUGCCAUACAGCUUCAACAGCAACUUCCUCCACUCCCCCCAAAAGGAUGCUAAAAACACCAUCUGUUUCUGUGGUUUCCCCCAACACGGAUGAGUUUUUAGAUCUUCUUGCCAGCUCCCAGAGCCGCCGUCUGGAUGACCAGAGGGCCAGUUUCAAUAAUUUGCCAGGGCUUCGUCUAACACAAAAGAACAGUCAGUCAGUACUUAGCCACCUAAUGACUAAUGACAACAAAGAGCCUGAUGAAGACUUCUUUGACAUCCUUGUAAAAUGUCAAGGAUCCAGAUUAGAUGAUCAAAGAUGUGCUCCACCACCUGCUGCCACAAAGGGUCCAACAGUACCGGAUGAAGACUUUUUUAGUCUUAUUUUACGCUCUCAGGCGAAAAGAAUGGAUGAGCAGAGAGUUCUUUUACAAAGAGAUCAAAACACAGACACUGAGUUUGGGCUAAAGGACUUUCUGCAAAGCAAUGCUUUGCUGGAAUUUAAAAAUUCUGGAAAAAACCCAGCAAACCACUAGUUAACUAUAGAUAAUUUUUUUUGGGGGGGAGGCGGGGGGGAGAUGAGAUCUUGCUCUGUCUCCCAGGCUAGAGUACAGUGGUACAGAGUGGUAUAGUCACAGUUCACUGCAGCCUCAGACGCCUAGAUUCAAGAGAUCUUCCUGCCUCAGCUUUCUGAGUAGCUAGGACUGUAAGUGCAUGCUACCACACCCAGUUAAUUUUUUUUUUUUUUUUUUUUGUAGAGAUGGGGUGUUGUUAUGUUGCCCAGGCUGGUGUCCAACUCCUGGCCUCAAGCAUUCCUCCCACCUCAGCCUCCCUGAGUGCUGGGAUGAUAGGCAUGAGGUACUGAUCCCAACCACUCUAGAUAUUUUUAAGAAAAGACCUUAUUUCCUUUCAGAAACUGCAGGGAAACUCAAUCUAUUACUUUUUUCCUUAAAAGGAGAAUUUAUAGCACUAUAAUACAGCUUGUAAAUAUUUAACUUUCAGCAGUACAGUAUUAAAGAAUUUAACAUUUCUCCGGACACUCACUUGUUUCGGGGUCCAGGUGUCUGUAAGGUGCUUCAUUGUCUUCUGGGAUUACUGCUUGGGGUGUGUUCUUUGGCAACUUGCUAGAUUCCUUUACCUAGUGUUUGUAAAGUAGGAAAUUAAAUGAAUCCUAAAGCAGGAUUUAAUCCUCUUGCUGAGGUAUUUUUUAAAAAUCUUAAUUGACAAUGGCUGUUUUUAUACUUAACAAUGAAUAUAAUGGGAAAUUAAUGCUGUUUAGCAAAAAUAAUGUACUUGACCAAUGUAAAAACGUUAGUCUUACUAAACAUUUAGAUUUUUUUUCUCUGAAAAUAUAUUUUCAAUAUAUUUUUAGGCCAAAGCCAGUAUAAAAGAAACUUUUAAGAAAUAAACUUCUUUCAGCAUGUUUUGGACUAUUUGUUUAAAAAAAUUAUGGUUUAGAAUUGUCUCUUCUGUUGUUCAAUACUAUUACAAAACAAAAUUUUGUACGACCUAAUGUAACUCCACAUAGAAAAAAUCUAUGUGGUUAUAUCAAGAACCCAGGCCACAUAAAUAGAAAACAGAUGAAAACUCACAAAAAUUAAGUAUGAAAGAUGUUGGUUAGGACCUUAGCUGUCUUAAUUAAGCUUUGCGUUCCUUACUCCAAAUACUGAAGGCAGUUUACAAAGAGAUGGCAGGAAAGGAUGAUAAAGUACCAAAAGACAAGGGUGGGACAGCCCAAGGCCUCGAUUAAGUAUCACACAGUGGGCCGGGUACGGUGGCUCACACCUGUAAUCUAGCCCUCUGGGAGGCUGAAGCAGAUGGAUUGCUUGAGCUACGAGUUCAAGACCAGCCUGAGCCACAGCAAGACUCCCUGUCUCUAAUAGAAAAACUGAGGCAAGAGGAUCACUUGAGCCCAAGAGUUGGAGGUUGCUGUGAGCUAUGAUGAUUCCAUGGCACUCUACCCAGGGCGACAGCCUGAGACUGUCUCAAAAAAA